UUCACUUCCUGUAUCAGUAUAGCAAAGAAUUUCAUGCGGCUUACACAAAUGUGUGCAUCUGUCAGCCAGAGGUGAACAUGGCAGACUUCUCGGAGAGGACGCUACAAGUUGCCGUCGUGGUUUCUUUCGCCGCCGGCUUCGUGGCGGGCUGGCAGGCCAACAGAAUGAGGAGGAAAUUUCUGGACUGGAGGAAGAAACGACUGCAAGAUAAACUGUCAGAAACACAGAAGAAGCUGGAUUUGGCUUGAAAGGUGAUUUGGGACUUUUCAAUUUGGUGAAUGCUAAAGCUGCUGGAUCCUGGAUGUGCUACAGUCUGUCACUGUGGAGCAGAAACUUCAUCAUGACCGACCUGUGUCCUGCACUACCUGCUUUUCCUACCACACCUUUUAAACCAAGAUUGGACUUGUAUUUAGGUGACACAACCUUUACCUGCAUUCAGAAGCUUCUUGUCUGCCCUCAGACACUAAUGUGGAAGAACAUGGGAACUUUGUCUUUGGUGUUCUUUUGUCUCAGUGGGUCUCAGUCUCUGUCUGCUUCAUAUGUGGUAAAAUAAAUUAUUGUGUUUUCAUGUU